AUGGGAGAGAAAGCGGAGACCGACGAUAAGAUGCGUCGGACGGACUCACUCAAUUUGGAGGCUGGAAAAGUUUCCACGGCUCAUGAUCAUGGCUCAAAGUUAAGUUGGAAGAGAACAAUGAGUUUAGCAAUUCAAAGCGUAGGAGUGGUGUAUGGGGAUAUUGGGACGUCUCCACUCUACGUCUUCUCAAGCACCUUCCCCAAGGGUAUUAACCACAAGGAUGACAUUCUGGGGGUGCUCUCUCUCAUCAUCUAUACCAUAUUGCUCGUACCCCUGGUUAAGUACGUACUCGUAGUCUUGUGGGCUAAUGAUAAUGGUGAAGGGGGAACAUUUGCAUUGUAUUCGUUGAUAUGCCGGUAUGCGAAGGUGAGCUUAAUUCCAAAUACCCAGCCAGAAGACAGAGAGCUAUCCAACUACAAACUUGAAUUACCAUCCAACGAGUUGAAGAGGGCCCAAGCGAUCAAGAAGAAGCUUGAGCAUACUAAAUCUGCCAAAUAUGCCCUCUUCGUUAUCACCAUUAUGGGAACUUCCAUGGUGAUUGGAGAUGGGAUUCUUACUCCAUGCAUUUCAGUCCUUUCUGCAGUGAGCGGGAUCAAGUCAUUAGGCACAGAUGCUGUUGUGGGGAUUUCCGUGGUAAUCUUGGUGCUUCUGUUCGCUGUUCAACAAUUUGGGACUGAUAAAGUGGGAUUCACCUUCGGUCCUAUCAUCUUGCUGUGGUUCGUCUUCAUCAGUUGCAUUGGUCUGUACAACUUAAUCACAUAUGACGUGACGGUGUUACGUGCUUUCAAUCCGGUCUACAUCUAUCAUUACUUCCAUAGAAAUGGAAAAGAAGCAUGGAUUUCCCUUGGGGGAGUAGUUCUUUGCAUUACUGGGACCGAGGCCAUGUUUGCUGAUCUGGGUCACUUCAGUGUUCGAGCAAUCCAAAUCAGUUUCACUUGCUUCACAUUUCCCACAAUACUCUUUGCAUACUUUGGGCAAGCAGCAUAUCUCACCAGGUACCCAGAGAAGGUGUCGGAGACUUUUUACGCGUCAAUACCACGCCCUAUGUACUGGCCAACGUUUGUGGUGGCUGUACUUGCCGCCAUUAUUGCCAGCCAAGCUUUGAUAACUGGGACGUUCUCAAUCAUCUCCCAGUCCCUAAGCAUGGGCUGUUUCCCUCGAGUCAAGAUUGUUCACACCUCAGCUAAAAACGAGGGCCAGGUCUACAUCCCCGAGAUCAACUACGUCCUCAUGAUUUUCUGCGUCAUCAUCACUGCGGCCUUCAAGACCACAGAAAAAAUUGGCAACGCUUAUGGAAUUGCGGUGGUCAGUGUGAUGGUGAUCACAACCUGCAUGCUAACCCUAAUCAUGUUGGUCAUAUGGAAGAUAAGCAUAAUCUUGAUUGCUAUCUUCUUUAUCAUCUUCAUUGCGAUCGAGGGAGUUUAUUUAUCUGCGGUCUUAUUCAAAUUCAGUGAAGGUGGCUACCUUCCUCUGUGCUUUGCCGCUGUACUCAUGAUGAUUAUGGCGAUUUGGCAUUACGUGCACAAACAAUGCUACAUUUACGAGGCCAACCACAAGGUGUCUAGCGAGUACAUGAAGCAGUUGUCCUCUAACCCUAACAUAAACCGGGUGCCCGGAAUUGGGCUUUUGUACUCGGAGCUUGUUCAAGGAAUUCCUCCUAUAUUUUCUCACUUUGUUUCCAACAUACCUUCGGUCCACUCCGUUGUGGUUGUUGUGACGAUCAAGCCCCUCCCUGUGAGCAAAGUGUUGCUGGAGGAGAGGUUUCUUUUCCGGCAACUGGAGCCAAAAGAUUACAGAAUGUUCCGUUGCGUGGCGCGGUACGGCUACAACGACAGGGUUGAGGAGCCUGCGGAGUUCGAGAGACAAUUGGUUGAGAAUUUGAAAGAGUUUAUUUGUCACCAACACUUGAUGCCCUCUGAAGAUCAAGGUGUAAGCGGUCGUCAGAAAGCCGAAGAGGAAACUCAGUUUGUGCAAGAGGCAAUGGAAAAAAGUAUUGUUUAUCUGCUGGGAGAGACUCAGGUGGUGGCAGAAGAGAAAUCUUCCUGGUUCAAGAAGAUUAUUGUCAACUAUAUCUAUGAUUUCCUGAGGAAAAACUUUAGGCAGUCUGAGAGCAUGAUGGCGAUCCCAAGGACCAGGCUUGUUAGGGUUGGAAUGACCUACGAUAUAUAA